UGUUAUAAGAGUUCCUGAAGUAGGGGGUGAAGGUGAUUCUGGACCCGAGACAGUAUGGAGACAUCAGUGGACCGGAUCUCAUACACCCAGAGUAACCCGCUGUUUGACAUGUCACUCAGCAGGACUGAUCUCUACAGUUUCCAGCCUGAUGAUCUGAAGCCGCAGAGGCCCAGAAGACAGUGGUGUUUUAAUGUGAUUAUUGUUUACCUCAUAUUCCAGACCGCCCUUAAUGCCUUUCUCAUUUAUAAAGUUUUCACGUUGGGGUCUUCACUGUCUAACCCCAGGCUGGAGAAGCUGAAGUCCAGUUACAUCCCUCUGAGUAGAGAGCAGGGAGACGACAACAUCCAGACUCUGCUCUAUAACAACAGUCAAGAAACCAAGACUCUGAGGAGUCACCUGUGGGCCCUGAAGAGCCAGGUCAACAGUAUGUGUGGAGAGGAGGGUCAGCUGGACCGGCUGAGGUCUGACCUGAAACAGCUCAACACCAGCACUCACAACCUGGAGGGCAGACUGACAAACAUCAGCCUCAAAUCAGGACCUCCUGGUACUCCAGGUACAGAUGGUCACCCAGGUGCACCAGGAGAGAGGGGCCUCAAAGGUGACCCUGGUGUUGCUGGCCCUCCAGGACCAAAGGGUGACAUGGGACUCAAGGGACAAACUGGAGAGCCAGGAGUUGAUGGCCAAAGUGGUCCUAGGGGUCCACCUGGGCCUCCAGGAGCUCCAGGGGAUCAAGGACCAGGUGCAAAGGGAGAGAAAGGAGAACCCGGGCCUCCAGGUGUAAGUGGACCUCCUGGUUUCAAUGGAACUGAGGGUCCUCCCGGACCACCAGGUGCCAAAGGAGACAAGGGAGACCAAGUAAAUGCACCAGAGUUAAAUGUGCGUCUGGUGCCGGGGAAAUACCGCGGGCGUGUGGAAGUGAAGUACAAUGGGGUAUGGGGCACCGUGUGUGAUGACAGCUUUGACACUGUGGAUGGCAAGGUGAUCUGUAAGAUGUUGGGCUUCAAAACUGCCAUUUCCACCUUCACUGCCAGUCCUGGGUCUGGUAGGAUCUGGCUGGAUGUGCUGAGAUGUUUAGGAACAGAGUCUGACAUCUUUAGCUGCCCACAUGGAGGAAUUGGAGUUACCAACUGUCAACACAGUGAGGACGCCGGAGUGCACUGUCUCUAGAAUGACACCACAUUGAAGCCAACAAGAAAAAUGGUGUUUAAACUGUUCUACACAGUUUGAUAAACAUGUAGUGACAAGUUGGCUAGCAGGCAUUGCACACACAAACACACACACACACACACACACACACACAAACACAUAAACACAAACAUUACAUGCACACAUCUUGCUGGAGAUACAGUAUAAGCAGAGAGCAGUGUUGUUAAUGAUGUUCACAGCUGGAACUCAUUACAUUUUCAUAAAACACAGCAUAUAGAAUAACAUUCAGUUCAAAGUUUCAAUUUAUGACUAAACACAUUAGCCAAAAUGACAGUGCACUGUCAACAUGCUAAUAAAACUUUCCUGGAAUAAAAAUCUCAGGCAUCAUUUCUCCACUUUUUACUCUUUUGAUUAAUAAUAUUUCCCAAAUGAGGCAGAGCAGCGCUGUCCUCAUCAACCCCUGUCCUCCACUCGGCCUCCCUUGCCUUCAGUGACAUGCUUGCCAUCACCUUCCGUCCAUUGCACAUCACCACAGUCUCAGAUGACUUUGCAGAGGUCAGCAAAGCUGAAGAGGUCACAUUCAAGGACAGGAGCCGUGCUAAGGAAUGGUUUCUGACACAGCUGGCUCUGUCACGUUUUCCCAGACACCUCAGGGAACUUCCUGUAGAUACACAUGUCAAGGCUCAAGUGCUAUCACAGUUGAUACACCUAAAUGAGUAAUAAAAUACAUUGUGUAAGGUACCUUUUAUGUCCAAUAACACCUUUUUCAUAUUGCAUCUGUGUAUCAUAAUAAAUAUAUCUGCUCUCUGUAAAUCUUAACUUGAUAUAAUUGACAAUAAAUUUUUUAUGAGAGACA